UUAUUCAAAGGAAAAUUCGGUUACGUGCGACGAAGUCGUAUCAAAGUCCUCAACAAGACUGCAUGUGCUUAUCGUAAUCUUAUCGCCAAAAAGCUAGGCUAAUCUACCGUUGCGAAGAGCCGAAACGAUCCGCAAAAAACAAGUUAAAUAACAAGCUCGCUAGACCCCCAGCAGGCAAUUACGCGAUGGCUUACGAAAUCGCGGUCUAUCGCGCGAUAAAUCUGGAACUCCCACCUCCUUCUGCCACGGUUGUAAAUCCCGGUUUCCCGCGAUGUCGCGUGCAGUUCAUUCCGACUGGUUCGCUGUCGCCGUUCGUCGUGCCUGUCAAUUUCACAGUGACAAGAUGACAAAUUUAAACAAAAUAGUCGACAUAUGGAGAACUGCGGAUGCUGUAACAUUUGAUGUGGAUUCCACUGUGAUAACGGAAGAAGCCAUCGAUGAACUUGCCAAUUUCUGUGGAAAAGGAGAGGAGAUUACUAAAUUAACAAAACAGGCUAUGCAAGGCGAUAUGACAUUUGAACAAUCCUUACGGACAAGAUUGGGAAUUAUAAAUCCAAGUCUAACUCAAGUGAAAGAAUUUUUACAUAUACAUAAACCGAAACUUACCAGUGGUGUCAAAGAAUUAAUAUCAACUUUACAAGCACGUGGGAAGCAAGUAUUUCUUAUUUCUGGUGGCUUCCGCUGUCUUAUUAUACCAAUUGCCAUGCGACUCAAUAUUCCACAUGCCAAUAUUUAUGCCAAUAGGUUAAAAUUUUACUUUACAGGAGAAUACGCUGGAUUCGAUGAAACUCAACCAACGUCUAGAAGCGGUGGCAAAGGUCAAGUAAUACGAUGUCUUAAAGAGGAAAAAGGAUUCAAGACUAUUGUACAUAUUGGUGAUGGCUCAACAGAUUUAGAAGCUUCACCGCCAGCAGAUGCGUUCAUAGGCUUUGGUGGAAACGUAGUUAGAGAAAAUGUAAGAUUACGCGCUCAGUGGUUUGUCACCAAUUUUGAUGAUCUCAAAAAUAAUUUAUAAAAUAUAUAGUAUAUUUAAAAAAUAAUACAAAAUCAUUUCAAAAUAUAAAUUAAAAAUAAAUAUAUUAGGUCAUUUAAGAGAGAAAAAUCAUUACAUCUAUCAAGAAUUACAUUAUAAUAAUUAAUAUCGACUUAUUGAAAACGUAAAAAAUGUUUAUAAAUAACAUAUUUUAUUUUACACAAUACAUGAAAUAUACAGUUAUCUUUUUGAUAUAAUUUUUCUAAAAUUGUGUUUCAUCUAUAGACAUUUUAAUUAUUAAGUAAUUAUUAAUAUGUAAUAUAUUAAUAUAUUCUCACAAUUCUAUACCUGUUUACACCUAACCCUGUACAUAAUUACAUUGCAAAAUAUGUAUACAAAAUUACUGUCGAAUGUCCGCAAGCGACAUAAGAUCAUGAGACAAGAUAAAAAAUGAUGAAAUGGAGCUAUUCAUAUGCGAAUUAAUGAAUUUGAAAUAACGAUUUGCUAUAAAUCUGGAUUUUUUUUUAGCAAUCGGAAGGUUGUUGUCAAUGUAUUUUUGAUCUUGAGAUUUAAUUUCAAACUUCUACGAAGUAGAAUGUAUUAUAUUAUACUUCUACGAAGUAGAAUGUAUUAUAUGUAUUAUAUGCGUAAAUUUUAAUAUUGUUCUAUCGUGAUACAAUUGACGAUAAAUUAUGUAUCAGUGCUUAA